AUGAGAGGCAUGAAGUUGGUGAUACACCUGAGGCAUAUACAGCCACCGCAUGUGGACCCAUCAACGCAGAUUGAGCAGCACAUCAUUCAACUUGUUGAGCCGUCUCAAACUGCAUACUUCACAUUGUCAGUGGUGGGCAGGGCUAAGGAUAACACCAUGCAUCGCUCACUGCCAUGGAGCAUCACAACCUUGGGUCUAGGACCUGGAUUCCAUCAACCGAUCACUCCUGGCAUAUUCGGGGAUGCUCCAUCAUUCACCAAGCUGGAUUGUGGUCUUGGCUUCAACAAUGUGAUCGCGCCACAUUCGUUGCCAACGACGCUCAUAUCACUAAAGCUACGAGACAUGUUCAACACUUCACUGGCCCCAGGCUCACUCCCAAACUCAUUGGAGAAGCUAUCGUUUGGAUAUUGUUACAACAAACCGUUUGAACCUGGUUGUCUCCCAUGGUCACUCAAGUCAUUGAAGCUUGGACACAUGUUCAACUGCCCGCUACACCCAGCAUCCUUGCCACGCGAGCUUCAAUUCCUCUCGUUUGGCUUCUAUUUCAAUCAACCGAUACAGCCUGAUACACUGCCACAAUCACUUUUGCAUCUAAAGUUUGUUGGAAUGUUCAAUCAACCGAUCGACGAUCGACUGCCUAUAUCAAUCAAGUCCUUGGCAUUUGGCCCCAACUUCUUGCAGCCACUUACGCUUCGUCGACAGACAUCCAUCACCUCACUUGAGUUCACAUCGAUGGUGUACUGCCCGAUCAAGAUGGAGGACUUGCCACCAACAGUUCAUACACUUCUGCUUCAUCCAUUGGAUGUUGAGAUGAUACCAUCAACACUGACAUCACUCACAUUGUAUGACUACUUUGAUGGGAUGUUUGAUCAGUAUCUUGGACAAAGCUUGCCAUCUUCCUCGCUGACAUCAUUAACCUUUGGUAAAGCAUUCAAACAAAUCAUUGUUCCUGGUUUGCUCCCAUCGACCCUCAAACGAUUGGUAUUUGGCAGCAGCUUUAAUCAUUCUCUCCUGCCCAACUCGCUGCCAGACUCGAUUACAGAGUUGAGGCUUGGAGCCAACUACACCAAGCCACUGUCACUGGACAACCUCCCUUCAUCACUAUUGAAGCUAUGGAUACCUACGAUGGGCAUUCUCAAUCUCAACAAUAUACCUCAAUCACUCAAACAUAUUAUGUUGGUGAUAAUAUAUAACGCUGACCACCGACCGCAUUCACGAUGUCUAGAAUUCAAGGCUGAUCAGUCGAUACUCAUUCCAUCCAACAACCUUCGAUUGGACUCAUUAUCAAUUUCAAUUACUAUGGCGGACGAAAUCAACGAUGAUAGGACAAGGAUAUUGGUAAUCAAACAGUUGUUGUCAGAUUAUUAUCCGAAUGUUACCAACAUUUGUGUUCACUUUGUCACCUCAACCGACGAACAUCAUUCAAACUCAAUUACAAAGUUGAUUACAACACGAAGGAUUACACCUGUGCAUUCAUGGUUCAUACUCUACGAUCAUGGAGUACACACAAAUGACAACAGGUGCAAACUCUAUAGUCCAACCGAUCAUGUUAGUGAUCAACAUCAAUCGUUCAUGUGGAUCACAGCAGUUGCCAUCAUGAUUCCAGUAGCAUUGUACAUUGGUAGACUGCUCUGGCGUCAUAAAUAA